UUUGGUGGUUAUGGUCCAGGCUGCUGUGUAGGUUCACCUGCGGGGAUGGCGUGGUCAGGUGGCAGUGCAGAAACCAGUGUUGGUAUCUUUUCGCGUUUGUGUCAGCUUUAUUGAGGUGUGAUUGAAGUACGUGAAACUGCACAUGUUUAAAGUACGCAGUUAGAUCAGUCUUGACGUACACGUACAGCCCUGAAGCCGUCACCACACUCAAGACCGAAAUGUGCUCAUCAUCUCCAAGAGGGAAACUAACGUUUCUUCGGUGACUGCUCCUAGCAGCUGAGUGGCCCCAGACUAGGCCGUUCCUGGGCCCCCAUUGUCACAGGAUCCACAUCAGUAAAAAAGAGUGGGAACUGGGGGUUGGAGGGAGAAAUCCUUUCCAGAUUUGAAAUGUUAGGAGCUUGUGAACCCUGUGUGUAGUAGAACCAUCUUUUGAAGCAUUUAGACCAAUGGUUCUUUUUAAAAAAAAAAUUUUUUUUUUUUUAACGUUUAUUUAUUUUUGAGACAGAGAGAGACAGAGCAUGAACGGAGGAGGGUCAGAGAGAGGGAGACACAGAAUCCGAAAGAGGCUCCAGGCUCUGAGCUGUCAGCACAGAGCCCGACGCGGGGCUCGAACUCACGGACCGCGAGAUCAUGACCUGAGCCGAAGUCGGCCGCUUAACCGACUGAGCCACCCAGGCGCCCCUAGACCAAUGGUUCUUAAAGGGGUUAGGUGUGUGUUUAUGUGUAGGUCACAUACAGUGCAGAAGAUCUUAUUCAGUAUUUUUUUUUUAUGGUACAAAUAAUGGAAAAUAAAAUCCACCAGUCUUUGGAGGAGGGGGAGGUACACAGAAGAUGGUGUGAAAAGCUAUGUUAGGAACCUGGGUUAGAAAUGGUUACAACUAGGGGCGCCUGAGUGGCUCAGUCGGUUAAGCGUCUGACUUUCGGCUCAGGUCAUGAUCUCACGGUUCGUGACUUCCAUCUAUGUGUCGGGUUCUGCGCUGACAGCUCAGAGCCUGGAGCCCACUUCGGAUUCUGUAUCUCCCUCUGUCUGCCCCUCCGCUGCUUGCACUCUGUCUCUCGUAUUGUCUCAAAAAUAAAUAAACAUUAAAAAAAAUUUUUUUUUAACGGUUACAAAUACCAAUGGACGGGGGGUUCUUAUUUUGGCAUUCAAUAGCUUGGCCUCAAACUAAAAGUUUUGUGUUUGGGUCAAGUUUUUCAUUUGGAAGUUUUAGGUCAUUUUCUUUUGAAAACAAUCAGAGUGGUAUUGAAAGGAAAAAAUAUUAAAGUAACAAAGGAAAUUAUGGAAAUAUUGGGCUGGUGACCAGUUUUCGUGUUUGAUCUUUAUUGUCCUUCCCAGUGAGCUUUCAGUGGGGGUGCCUGAAACACAGAUGAGCUGGAAGCAGCCAGUGAAGAGAAUCCAGUUUGGUGCAUUAAUUAUAACUUAAUAUCCACGUUGAUACUGCCUAAAAAAAUGUAAAUAAGACGCAACAUAAGGGAAAGGUGGCAGUAAUGCUGACGCUUGCGAGCAAACUGAAGCGGGAUGACGGUCUCAAAGGGUCCCGGACGUCAGCCACGGCCUCCGACUCCACUCGGAGGGUGUCUGUGAGAGACAGGCUGCUUGUUAAAGAGGUUGCAGAGCUUGAGGCUAAUUUACCGUGUACGUGUAAAGUGCAUUUUCCUGAUCCAAACAAGCUCCACUGCUUUCAGCUAACUGUGACCCCAGAUGAGGGUUACUACCAGGGUGGAAAAUUUCAGUUUGAAACUGAAGUUCCUGAUGCGUACAACAUGGUGCCUCCCAAAGUGAAAUGCCUGACCAGGAUCUGGCACCCCAACAUCACAGAGACGGGCGACAUAUGUCUAAGUUUACUGAGAGAACAUUCGAUCGACGGCACCGGCUGGGCUCCCACAAGGACGUUAAAGGAUGUUGUUUGGGGAUUAAACUCUUUGUUUACUGAUCUUUUGAAUUUUGAUGAUCCGCUGAAUAUUGAGGCUGCAGAACAUCACCUGCGGGACAAGGAGGACUUCCGGAAUAAAGUGGAAGAUUACAUUAAGCGUUAUGCCAGAUGAUAGGAGGAGGAGACGGUGGGGCUGCGGACUGUGUGUUGUAGGCUCGUCCCCAACCGCAACCAAAAGGGAGCCUCCUCCCCAGCCCUCGCGCUCCCUCAGACCCCCGGGUCGUCCGCAUCCUGUGACCACGCUGUCCCGAGGAAGAGCCUCUGCACGACCGCCCAUUGUAGAUGGAGAGUCCCACAUAAAUACAGCAGGAACAUGUGUCUGGGGUCCGAAAGAGUUGUCUGCUUACCUUAACAUGUUUACUUUUUGGAAACUGUACUGUAUAGGCUGUUGAUGAGAUUCCUGAGCAGUUGUCAUGAACUCAGAGUUGAGGCUAGCGCUUGCUUUGUCCCCUUUUCCCCAAGCCCUUCCCCCCCCGCACACGUGAUGCUGGUGAUGUGCUCAGUGUAGCUCGCAGGUGGGCCGUAAGAAGCCCGCUACACACUGUGAUUGGAUGCAGAUUCUCUCAGCUCCUUCCUGCCGACGUUGGUCCUGCCUACCUGUCAUGAAGCUUCCCAGAAUGCAUAGUCAUUCACUGUAGAUCUCUUACUGAAAUGCGUAUUUUAUUUAAUGUAAGUAUAUUUUGGAACAGAUUUGUAAUUUGUACAAUUUAAUGCUUUAAUUAUUUUUUUCUAUCUUCA